AUGGCCGUGAAAACGGAUAUGAGCAAAGCUUACGAUAAGACUGAAUGGAACUUUGUGAAGGAAGUGUUAACACUGCUCGGAUUUGAUCUAGUUUGGAUAUCUUGGAUAAUGACAUGUAUCGAAUCAGUGUCUUACUCCUUUUUGAUAAAUGGUUCACCACAAGGAUUGGUUCGACCAUCGCGUGGGCUCCGACAAGGGGAUCCUCUGUCGCCACACAUCUUUAUCCUACGCACUGAAGUUCUCUCUGCACUAUGCUCGAAAGGCCAAGCGGAUGGAUCUCUUCCCGGGGUCAGGAUAUCUCGACAUAGUCCUCCCAUAAACCAUCUCCUCUUCGCUGACGAUACCAUGUUCUUUUGCAAGUCCAAGCCGUCGUGUGUCGCAGCGUUAAUGAAGAUAUUGGCCACUUAUGAAGCAGUUUCGGGACAGAGGAUAAAUCCACAAAAAUCUGCUAUAACCUUCUCAGCUAAGACGCAAGCCUGUGUUCGAGCUCCGGUUACGAACAGCAUGUCGAUCUCUAUGGAGGGAGGUAUAGGGAAAUACUUAGGGCUUCCUGAACAGUUUGGUCGUAGGAAACGAGACAUCUUUGCAUCGAUUCUGGACAGAAUAAGGCAAAAGGCUCAUAGUUGGACAACUAGAUUCCUUUCGGGCGCCGGAAAGCAAGUGAUGCUCAAGUCUGUGCUUGCAGCAAUGCCAUGCUAUUCUAUGUCAUGUUUCAAGAUCCCAAUCUCUCUUUGUAAGCAAAUCCAGUCGAUCUUGACACGAUUUUGGUGGGACGCUAACCCGGAGAAGAAAAAGAUGUGUUGGGUAGCUUGGGAAACAUUAACGUUGCCAAAAUAUGCUGGUGGUCUUGGUUUUAGAGACUUGGAAACCUUUAAUGAUGCGUUUCUUGCUAAGAUUGGCUGGCGAAUUCUAAACGAACCACAACCUCCUAGCACAUGUCUUAAUGGUAUCUUGGCUGGAAGAGAGAUUCUUAGGAAAGGGCUCAGCUGGGCAGUGGGUGAUGGCGAAAGCAUCCGGUUAUGGGAUGAUCCCUGGCUCUCUUUCACUUCUCCAAAACAACCAGUUGGUCUCGCUACAAUGGAACACGCCCCUCUGAAAGUCACUGACCUUUUGUGUCCACUUACAAAUAAAUGGCAAGUGGAGAAGAUCAGAAGGAUCCUACCUCAGUAUGAGGAUGAUAUUUUGAGAAUAAAAACUAGUUCUACUCUUGCGCGAGACAAGCUACUCUGGCUCCCGGAGAAGUCAGGUUUAUAUUCCACCAAAACUGGUUAUGGUCUUGCGAUCAUUGCUGAUAAACCGGUUACGGAGGCAAACAAUCCAGUGAACUGGUUAAAACAUGUAUGGAACGUCAAAACAGCCCCCAAGAUCAAGGAUUUCCUUUGGAGAGUCAUGAAACAUGCCAUCCCUGUUAGCUCCAAUUUGGAAAGGAGAGGAGUUCUGAGGUUUAACUGUAAAACGUGUGGGGAGCAUGAGGAUGAUCUCCAUGUCGUUCUUAAGUGUCCACUAGCGGAAGAUGUAUGGUGCAACAUGCCGAUUACUGUAAGACCACUUUGCUCUGUCUCUUCGGUUGCAGAAAUGUUUAAACAAGGAGAUACCUUCCUUCCUCUACCAUCAGUGGGUCUUAAUGCACCCUCGUGGCCUUGGGUGGUCUGGAAUUUAUGGAAAGCUAGAAACAAGUUUGCGUUUGAAAACAUAGCCUUCACAGCACAAGAAAUCAUCCUCAAGAGCAUUAAAGAUGCAAGAGAAUGGAGUAACGCUCAAGUCGGAAACAGAGCAACCGUUGCUUCUAACGCUUCUUCUCCAUUACCCCACCGCCGUGAUAUUUGCCCGCCCCCAACGUUCCAACCUGGAAUCCUAGUGUGUAAGGUCGAUGCGUCCUGGGAUUCUAACUCCGGCAGAUGUGGUAUAGGUGGAAUAUUUUCCGGUGAUAAUACUGUGAUGCUUCCCAUCUUUUCAGAAGCACAUAACCAUGUGUCAUCAGCUUUAAUGGCAUAA